UUCCGUACGACCACACAAACACCCAAAAAGGAAAAAGACCCCCGCAGACUUUUCAUCUCCCUCAUUUCGCUUCUUCCUCGCUUCACCCAUUAUUCUAUUUCACAGUCUCCCUCACAGUUCACACACUCAGCUCCCAACACCAAAAUGGAUCACAAGGAUCUCCGCCGAGCUCAAAGCUCAGGGCAAGAAGGUCACGGAGUCCAUGUGUGCCAUAAAUGCGGGUGGCCGUAUCCGAAUCCGCACCCGAGCGCCAAGCACCGCCGCGCGCAUAAGAAGAUUUGCGGCAGCGUUGAGGGUUACAAGGUCCUCGGCUCUCAACAGCUCAGUGUCUCCGACGGCGAGCAGAACUCCGAUGAUGAGCCUAAAACCCCCAGUCCGAAAGUCGUGGAGAGGAGCGUUUUCGAGAAGGGGAGUGGCGGAAUCGGGCAAGGAUCGAUGCAGUCAGAUGAUGGGGUGUUUUUGGAUGCUGUUGCGGAGUUUUCAGACAGCGGAUCUGCUGUAAGGACCGCAGAGUCCGGAGCUAUUGUAAAAAGGGGUGAGAAGGCGGAUUUGAAUGCCAUUCCAUUCCGCAACAUUGGCGAAACGACAGUAACAGACACAUCCGACGAAAUGAAGAAGAUCAAUGUGACUGACAGCAUGAUGGAGAGCGGCUUAACAUCUGUUGAUCAGGAGGCUGAAGUGACAGGAAUCACAACAAAUAAUCUGGAUAGGAACAUCAGUUCAGAGAUUAGUUCGAUGUCAGAUAGUAGAACUGAAGAAUCUGUGCUCCCUGGUGAUAGCAACAGUUUACACCCCACCAAUUAUGAAAUGGUGACAGAUCCAUCUGAAGCUAUUCAAAUGGCUGGUGACACAGAGUUCAUGACUGAGAGCUGUUUAACAUCGAUUGAUCAGAAUUCUGAAGUCAGUGGAAUCACAGCAACUAAUCUUUAUGGGAACAUGAUCUUACCCAAUAAAGUUGCUGGUGAACCAUUAGAGGGUGGCUCUAAGUUAGAAGAGUCAAAUGAGAUGAGUCCAAAAUAUGUGCGAGUUGAUGAAGUUGUUCCAUCAGAGGAGGGGUAUAGUGAUGGCUUUGGUAUGCAUAUUCCACAUACCGAUGUUACCCCUGAAGUAGAAUCUGCUUUAAAUGUGAAUACUUCUGCUGAUACUGCUGAAAAGGUGGAUAAUAUGGAUUCUGGUAAAGUGGUGGAGAGUCACUACGGCAAGGAGGAUGAGAAUGCAAAUUUACAUGUGAUUUCUGUGCCUGAUGACUUACAUGUGGUAAAGGAUCCUGUAGCGAUGCUUGAAGAUUUCAGAAACCCCAAAGGAAAGCAAUUAGACCGAUUUGUUUCCUGCUCGGACUCUUGGGAACGGUUUGAUAACGAGGAAAAGGAUGUUAAACAACCUGUUCUCAGCGAGAGUUUGAGCAUUUUGCUGUCAAGUCAUCUGAGUGGAGGUACUUUUGUAUCUUCUGAUAUACAUGAUUUGAAAGCUAGCCUUCAACCUAAUGACGGAAGCAGCAUACCAAUGAUUAAAAGUGUACCUGUUGAAGGUGAAGCCAGUUUACUUCAGUCUGAGGUCAAGAUGUUCAAAAGCCAAAGUUCAGAUGCAAUAGGAGCCCCUGCAGAGGUUAUGAUGCCUCAGAAUGCCAAUAUCAGUGUGGUUGGUUUUCCUGAAGGAGAGGAAUCUAAUGAUAAGUCCAAUGAGUCUUUAAAGGUGACCUUUGCUGCCAGUGAUGAUGGUAUAGAUCAAACUACCCAAUCAGUUGGUCCAAAUGAUAAUGAAAAAGAUAGAAACUGUGAUGGGACUCAUGUGCGUGGAGAGUCUGGAGAUGACAGUAAAAAGGGACCUGCAGAAGAAAAUCUUGUGAAUCCUGUGGCUACUGUUCAACUUGCUGAUUGUUAUGAGAGCCAAAUUUAUCCUGCAGCUAACUUACACAUAGAUGAUGAUGCCAGUGAUUAUGACAAGGGCAUAAUUGAAAACUGUAAUAAAAUUGGAGAUGGUGGUUUCAAUGAUAAGGCUGAUUCCUUUAAUGUAUGGGAGGCUGACAAGAGUAAAGAAGCGACAGAGAAAUCUUCCCCAGAUCCUGCAAGUAAUUUGGAAUCUAUUAGUUGUCUUUCCAAACUCCAACUUAAUCCAGUAACCAGUCUACAUGAACGUGGUGAAGCUGCUCGUGAUUAUGUGGAUGCUAUGAGUAGAAAGUCUGAUUUUACUGGGUAUGAUGGUGAUCAUGAAAAAGCUGAAAAGUAUGCAUCAUCUGGUGAAGACUUUGGUAAGAGAUCUAUAGACGGGACCUUUGUGGGGGACCUUACUACUAAUUUCGAAUCAGUCAUCGCGGACUCUCAAGUUCAUCCAGAAAAAAAGUUACCUGAUGUCAACGGUUCUGAGAAAUUCGAGAAAUUCGAUGAUGGUGAAAUUGAAAAUUUUGUUAUUUCUGGAAAUGAAAGCGUGGAUGGUUCUCUUGAAGAAAAUAUUCUGGUGAAGUCAGAAUUGAUCCCUGAGUCUUCUGUCAGUCUUUCCAAAGCUGUUGUUGAAGAUGCAACUGAUGGUUUGGAGCUGGUUGAAACCAGUAGCCGAGAUGUAGAUGUCAGUUUGAACUCUAGCAAAGUUGCAGGAAAGAUUCUAUCAGAUACUCUGCAAGAUGUGUUAGAAAGUGAGAUUGCUUCCAGGGACAAGAUUCAGAUGGAAGUUGAUGCUGGGCCAGAUCAUGGUCAAAAUGCUGAAUCAUUCCAGAAGAAUUUGGAGGACCAUGAGAAUAAAGAACCAGGUUUUUCUGCUUUAGAUACCGAAUCUUCUGUUCAGAGUUUCAUUGCAUCUGAAGAUAGUGUCCCUAGAGUAGUACCUGCAGUUGCGUCUGCGAUUACUUCUCAAUCUUUGUUAGAGGAAGGCGAUGAUAACCUUAAUAAACAACAGCCAAGCCCAACUGCAAUUGAUAUGGACUCAAAUAGCCAAACUGACAGUCUGGAAGCCAACUGGGGAUCUUUCUCAGUUCUUUCCAUGCAAUCUGAUGCUGAAGUUCUGCCAAAUAAGCAUUCCCAAGCCUCAUUAGAAGAAAACUCUGACUUGAAGAAGUCAAAUGUUGAAAGUGGGAGUCAAUACUCGGACAAAUCUGAUAUGUUUGAGGCACCAUCUUUCAUGACAUUGGUUGAACCCCGAGGUGCUGAUGAUAAAAAAGCUACUGGUUCUGAAACCCUGACUGCAGUGCCGAACCCAGAACAGCCAAAACCUGUAUCUUUGCAAACUGGGUGGUUUCCUUCUAUGACUCAUGUAGUGAAUGAGUCACAGGGCAGAAAAAAGAAUGAAGAGAUCAUAGCUAAGGUGACUAAUUGGAGCACUGGGAAGCAACACACUCCUUUAAAAAACCUUAUGGGGGAGGCCUCAACUGCAAACAAAGGAAAGCCACCAAAUCCAGAAGAAAGUCUUGCACCUGCUCCCCAGAAAGAUGAUAAAGCUGCAAAGGUAAGUGGUCCUGUAACGACAACGGUGCACUCGAUUCUGAAUCCUGAAUCACCGAUUGGUGAGGCUGCUAAGAAAGAGCAUGCUAAAGAAUGGAACUCGCCAGCCAGGUAUCCUUCGGACACUAAGAGUGGGAAGAAGAAAGUCAAGGGAAGAUCCUGGGUACAGUUUGUGUGCUGCGCUUCUGUAAAUUAGCAUCCUUGGUGUGUCUUAGUUUAUAUUAUAUCUGAAAUAUGACGCAGAGCUUUAGAGUACUACUUAGAUUGAAGUUUGUGCCAGAUAUUGUCAAUCGGGUUUGUGUUCACUUUAUACCGAUCUAGCUCAUUUUGUUGGUAUGGUUAUGUGUUGGAUAAAUAAGGGCUUUUGCUGUAAAUUCUACGCGAAAGUUCAGUAAAUGGAUGCACAUAUGAAUCUCGGAUGGAAAUGUAAUUCAGAGUAAAGAGUGUGUUUGGUUCUACUA